AUGAGGCUGCUGCUACUAGUGUCCUCUAUUAUUGUUUCUUUUGUGAGUGGCGAUCACUCUCAACCAGAUACUUGGUCUGCUACGGAUGGACUUGGUCGUGCUCUAGUUAGUCACGAUGAAGUCGGUGACAUAAAAUCGAAUAAAUUUGUCGGUAUUUUCUAUUUUCUGUGGAAUGAAGGUUCCAAGCCUGGUCCAUUUGAUGUGACUAAAAUUUUACAACAAUCAGGUGGUGAUAUUAUCAAUGCUCAGUGGGGACCGUUGUACACAUUUCAUCAUUGGUCUAAACCGUAUUUCGACUAUUAUUUGCAGGAUGAUGAAUUUGUUAUUCGAAAACACGCUCAAAUGUUAGCUGAUGCGGGUAUCGAUACACUAAUCUAUGAUGUGACAAACGGCUAUACGUACGAUAAUAUCUGGGCAAAAAUUGGCGAUGUUUUCACUGAUAUGCGUGCUCAAGGAAUCAAAGUGCCACAGUUCACGUUCAUUGCUUGGACAAAUGGUGCUCAAACUGUUCAACAUCUGUAUAAUGUUUUAUACAGUCAGAACCGAUAUUCAGAUUUGUGGUUUCGAUGGAAUGGAAAACCGCUACUGUUCGCGGAUUUUGAUGGACUUUCACAGCAAUUGAAAGAUUUCUUUACCGUCCGAAAAAGUUGGGCGUGGACAGGUCCAGAUGGUUGGUAUGGCAAUGGCAAUGGGCGAUGGCCGUGGAUUGAUAAUUAUCCACAAGGUUUGGGAAAGAAUGAAUGGGGACAAACAGAGCAAACAUGCGUCGCCAUUGGAGGUCACCCAACAUCGAAUCUCGGCAGAUCAUACGACGGACCGACGCAAACUCAACCAGCCCAAAGCAAUGCUAACGUCGGUCAUUACUUUCAGCAGCAGUGGGAUCGUGCUUUGCAGAUCGAUCCAUCGUUCAUUUUCGUUACAGGUUGGAAUGAAUGGAUAGCGCAACGUUUUGUUCAGACGAACGAGUUAAACAUCCCAUUUCUUGGUAAGCACUGGCCGAUAGGUACGUCGUACUUUGUUGAUCAGUUUGAUCAAGAGUUUAGUCGUGAUGCGGAACCCAUGGCAGGCGGACACGGCGAUAAUUAUUACUAUCAACUCGUCAACUAUAUUCGAAAAUUCAAAGGUGUAAGACGCCCAGAAUUACCUACGGGUCCGAAAACAAUCACCAUCAAUCAAGACUUUUCCCAGUGGCAGGGUGUCGGACCUCAUUACACCGAUGAUUUGUGGGAUAUUCCGUCUAGAAAUCAUCCCCAAUACGGCGCACAACAUGUGCAACUCACCGAUUAUAGUCAGAAGAAUGAUCUUGCGGUAAUGCAGGUAGCUCGCGAUUCGUCAAAUCUCUACUUUUACGCUCGUUCAACUCGUCCGUGGACAAAUGGGAAUCAGUACGUGUGGCUGUAUUUGAACACUGAUAAUAACUACAAUACCGGCUGGUAUGGAUUUGAUUAUGUCGUGGAUGUAGGCGACAGUCGGUUGAAGAAAAAUGGUGGUGGAGGGUUUUGGUUUAACCAGGAAUCAAUACAUGUGGUGAAUAGCGGCGAUAAUGAACUUCAUUUUGCCAUUCCUCAUUUAGCGUUAAACAUUCGUUCGCCGAUUAAUCUUAAAUUUAAAUGGUUCUCAGCUGAUCAGCUGUAUGGAGAUGCAAUGUAUUUUAUCGACAAGGGAGAUUCCGCUCCUAAUGGUCGAUUUACCUAUUCAUAUCAAGCUGAUUUUUGA